CUUCGAUGGCGGGUUUCAGUUCUCUGAUACCUAAAACGCCUCUGAAACGCGCCGUUUCUAGAGCAACCGUUAACCUAUCGACGCCGAUAUCUACUAUCCACGCCGUACGAAAUAUCUUCACCGGAGGAGCAUGUAAUGGUGAGCAAGCAAGUAAUGUUGGCACUCUUACUAGUCCAUUUCAUCGUCUUGUCGGGGCAAACCAAACACACAAGCCUGUCUUUUCAAGGGUCCAGUCUAUGAGCUAUCAGUUUGUGGCUGAUUCACAUGCCUCUCGUAGACCUUCUCUGGAAUCUGAGGAUGAUAAAAAUGUUGUGAAUUCACCAAAGAAGGAAAAUGGUGAGACCCCUAGGAAGCAUCAAGUUGGAGAGAACAUACCUAAGAAGGAUAAAAUAAAGUUUCUUGUGAACACUCUUCUUGAUAUAGAAGAUAAUAAAGAGGCGGUUUAUGGAGCAUUAGAUGCUUGGGUUGCUUGGGAACGCAAUUUCCCCAUUGCUUCCCUCAAAAGAGUUAUAGCUAUUCUUGAAAAGGAACAUCAAUGGCAUCGUAUGGUUCAGGUUAUAAAGUGGAUCCUUAGUAAGGGACAAGGGACCACAAUGGGGACAUAUGGACAGUUGAUAAGAGCGUUAGAUAUGGAUCGUAGAGCAGAAGAGGCACAUGCUAUCUGGCGCAAGAAAAUCGGGCAUGAUCUUCAUUCUGUUCCUUGGCAGUUAUGCUUGCAAAUGAUUCGCAUAUAUUUCCGGAACAACAUGUUACAGGAACUUGUAAAGCUGUUUAAGGAUCUGGAGAGUUAUGACCGUAAGCCUCCGGAUAAAAAUGUAGUGCAGAUAGUGGCUGAUGCUUACGAGCUUUUAGGAAUGGUUGAGGAAAAAGAAAGGGUAUUGGCGAAGUAUAGCAGUCUUUUCCUCGAUACAUCAUCAGAUGAUAAAUCGAGAAGAUCUUCAAGGAAGAAUAAGAAGAAACCAGGAGUGGUGAAUCCUGAAGAGGCAGAAGAGACCAAAGAAAAUGUGGAUAAUCACCAAGAAACAGAAGCUGCGACUGAGAACCGACCAGAACAUGAAGCAUAAGUUGAUUACGUUUUGUGGGAAUGUGAGUUAUGACUUGGUUUGUGCAAUUUCAUGUAAGAUUGAUUAGAUGUGGUUCCACUUGAUUUUAUAAAACACACAAAUCCAUAUAUCAAAAGAACACAGAAGGUUCA